ACACACACGCAGCGGGUAUAAAGUCCUGUCUGGUCGCUAGGAUCCACAUCUACAGACCACAGGAGUUCAGGUCUCUCAACAUGAAGCUGAUAAUCUCCAUGUUCGUUGCUGCCAUAUUGCUCCAUGAAGUCGAAGGUUGUCCUCUAGACUCCGACCUCGUGGAGCUGACUCCCAUCAAGCCACUCAACCUCACGGCCUUCACGCUGUGCCUGAGCUUCGCCACGGAGCAGUUUGAAGGGACGAACGAGGUCAUCCUCUUCGACUACUACAAGGAUCAACCCAACGAGCUCAACGUGUGGCGGGAGACGGACGGCAGGUUGAAGCUCAGCAUAAGCGGACUGGCGGCUUACUUUAAAGUUCCUGAGCUGGGACCCCUGGAGAACCAGGUGUGUGUGGCCUGGGAGUCGGUGACGGGCCGGACCACCAUGUACCUCAACGGCCGGAGCGCUGCGUCCCAGAUCCUCCGGCAGGGCCACAGGGUGCAGCCGGGGGGCCGGGUUGUCCUGGGCGAGUACCAGGGCCCCACCACCAAGACAAUCGUAACCUGGAAGAACUUUGUGGGGGAGUUCUUCGAGGUGUACAUGUGGGACCGCGUUCUGCCUCGAGACGCAGUUCAGAAGCUGUCCACCGGGAAGGAUUUCUCAGAUGCCAACGUCCUUAACUGGGCGACGGGGAGACUAAUAACCAGAACCUGCCGGCAUCCUGAAAUUGAUUACGAUAUUCCCUCAUACUAAACCAACCCCGUAUAAUGAGGUUGAUUACUAAUAAACCAACCCUGCAUUAUGAGGUUGAUUACUAAUAAACCAACCCUGCAACAUGAGGUUGAUUACUAAUAAAUGAACCCUGCAUCGUGA